AUGCGUCAAAAUUCCACCGAUGCCAACGCCGAUGCGGCGUUGGCCAGGAUGGGCUACAAGAGUGAAUUGCCACGCAACUUGAGUAUGCUGAGUAUCCUCGGUCUCUCCUUCGCCAUUAUGGCUGCACCCUUCGGUCUCAGUACCACCCUGUACAUCACACUCACCGACGGCCAAUGUGUGAGCAUCAUCUGGGGCUGGGUCCUCGUCACAUUAAUUUCCAUCGGUAUUGCCGCCUCCCUCGCCGAAAUCUGCGCUGUGUACCCGACCGCUGGAGGUGUCUACUACUGGAGCGCCAUGUUAUCGACGAAGGAAUGGGCCCCGAUGAUGUCGUUCGUGGAUGGCUGGCUGACACUGGUGGGAAAUUGGACGGUCACCCUGAGCAUUACCUUCUCCGGGGGACAGUUGAUUCUCAGUGCUAUCUCGUUGUGGAACGAGGAUUUCGUGGCCAAUGCUUGGCAGACCAUCCUCAUGUUCUGGGCGGUGAUUUGGUUCUGCGCGAUGGUCAAUAUCUUCUUCUCCCGAUGGCUGGAUAUCAUCAACAAGGUGUGCAUCUUUUGGACCGCGGCGAGCGUGGUCAUCAUCUUGAUUACGCUCCUGUCCAUGGCGGACCAUCGCAACGACGGUGCAUAUGUUUUUGGUCAUUAUGAUGCGUCGCAGAGCGGAUGGCCAACGGGAUGGGCCUUCUUCGUCGGCCUACUUCAGGCAGCAUAUACCCUAACGGGGUAUGGCAUGGUAGCGGCUAUGUGCGAAGAGGUACAGAACCCACACCGCGAGGUCCCGAAAGCGAUCGUCCUCUCCGUCGUCGCAGCCGGUAUCACAGGCGUGGUCUAUCUAGUCCCUAUCCUAUUCGUACUCCCCGACGUAAAGACACUACUCAACGUCGCCAGCGGCCAGCCCAUCGGCCUGAUCUUCAAAACCGUGACCGGAUCCGCCGGGGGCGGCUUCGGCCUUCUCUUCCUAAUCCUGGGCAUCCUCAUGUUCGCAGGAAUCGGAGCCCUAACCGCCGCCAGUCGAUGCACGUAUGCCUUCGCCCGCGACGGCGCCAUCCCUGGAUUCCGCAUGUGGCGCAAGGUCAACGACCGCCUCGACGUGCCCGUAUACGCCAUCCUCCUCUCCACCGUCAUCGACUGUCUCCUGGGUCUGAUCUACUUCGGCUCCACGGCCGCCUUCAACUCCUUCACGGGUGUCGCCACCAUCUGCCUGUCGACUUCAUACGGGGUACCCAUCCUCAUCAACGUGAUUCGUGGCCGCCAGGCCGUCAAAGAAUCGACCUUCUCGCUGGGUCGCUUCGGCUAUGCGAUCAACAUCAUCACCAUCUGCUGGAUUGUUCUGUCCGUGGUGCUCUUCUGUAUGCCUGUGUCGCUGCCGGUCGAUGCGUCGAGUAUGAAUUAUGCCAGUGUGGUCUUUGCUGGCUUUGCGGCGAUUAGCAUCACUUGGUAUGUCGGGUAUGCGAGGAAACAUUUCACGGGACCGCCUGUCACGGGCGACGACGUGGCCGACGUCAUUCCGGGGAAGGCUGUUGAUGCCGAAAAUGCGUAUCCGGAUGAGGCUGCGAUGGGUGAGAAGAAGUGA